UAAACGAGUCAUCAGCAGCUCGCGGGUUCAAAAUCCGCUGAAGAGUACGCCGUGCUGUCCAGCCAGAUGAAGGCAAAGGGCCAGAGACACAGCACGGUGUUCUAUAUCCAUAUCUUCUAAGACUCUAAGAGGGGCGUCACGGCGGGGUGAGCAGCUGCAGCCCGAGCUGACGUGUGACGUUAGAAAGUUGAAGAGGAGAACGGCCGCCUGUAAAAUAAGCUGUCCGGUGGCUGGAAUGGAGAAGAGAAGGAGCCGUGGUGAUUUUAAGACUCUGGAUGAAUAGAUAGAAAAGGGCCCACUUUCUAUUCAUGUAAAGCAAAACUCAUCCCCAAACAGCCUGAAGACCACUUAAUGUAUAGCGCUCUAUAUUUAACCCAUUAUAUAUUCACGGCUGCCUGGGGGCUUUAGUUUGAAGGGUCCCACUCCGGCCUUCUAGUCAAGAAAAAAGAGAUGGUGGAGGACAAUAGGCCCACCUUACCUCACAACGUCUCCAUCUCACGUUACCAAGCUCAGGUGAAGUGGCAGACUCAUCACACAGCCUAAUGUGCCGCUAAAGCCUGUGCCUUCUGGUCCACGGGGGUGAUAAGAACUCAGCCCAGGGGGGCCGCUUGGCUCAAGCAUCAACAUUUAACAUCUGACUGAAUUUCCACGGUGAUUGCACACGGGGUCGAUCGUGGAUGCAAGCGGGCAGCGUGGCGCAUCCAGUCGGUCUGGGGCCGCUUUGACUGACGGCGGCAGCUGCAGAGCUGGAAGGAGAGAAUUCUCCCCCCCCCCCCUUGUGACUGCAUGCGCGGUUGUGGAGCGCCUGACUGGAGGCAACGCGAGGAGUGCACAUACCUCCAGAAAAAUGGGGGAGAAGACUGCGCUCGACAGCUGAGGAGUUGUAAGGAAAGACGCCCGGGGGGAAGAGGAGAGUAAUUCAUCUUCAGCAGGGCCGAGGAGAUCUCUAAAAGCAACACAAACAAAAUACUUGAGGGUCCGUAUAGCAUGGGAGCGCUAUGUUGUCCAGGAAAGGACUCAUUCCAGAGGAUUAUUUACUCACACGUCUGGCCGAGGAUGUCCUGCAGCCGAAGUGUUUUAAGGCCAAACCGGGGAAAGCACGGUUCGUCACCAAGAACGGCACCUGCAACGUAGCGCACACCAACAUCAGAGAACAAGGUCGAUUCCUGCUGGACGUCUUCACCACUCUGGUGGAUUUAAAAUGGCUCCACACGCUCAUCAUUUUCACCAUGUCCUACCUGUGCAGUUGGCUCCUUUUCGGGAUGAUCUGGUGGCUCAUCGCGUUUGCGCACGGCGACUUGGACCAGUAGGGAGACGACUUUGUCCCGUGCGUAAAGGACAUUCACUCCUUCUCCUCCGCUUUCCUCUUCUCAAUAGAGGUCCAGGUGACCAUCGGCUUCGGCGGCCGGAUGGUCACAGAGGAGUGCGUCUCCGCCAUCGUCGUCCUCAUCGUGCAGAACAUCGUCGGACUGCUCAUCAACGCCAUCAUGCUCGGGUGCAUCUUCAUGAAAACCGCGCAGGCCAAUCGACGCGCGGAGACGCUCAUUUUCAGCAAGCACGCAGUCAUCUCCGUCCGCAACAACAAGCUGUGCUUCAUGAUCCGCAUCGGCGACCUGAGGAAGAGCAUGAUCAUCAGCGCCACCGUGCGGCUGCAGGUGGUCAGGAGAAGCUCCACGGAGGAGGGCGAGGUUCUGCCUCUGGACCAGAUCGACAUCCACAUGGAUAACCCGGUGGGCACCAACGGCGUCUUCCUGGUGUCCCCCCUCAUCAUCUGCCACGUGAUCGACAAGGACAGCCCCCUGUACGAGCUGUCCGCUGGUGACCUGCAGUACGACGACAUCGAGGUGAUCGCGGUGCUGGAAGGGGUGGUGGAGACCACGGGCAUCACCACCCAGGCCAGGACCUCAUACGUGUCGGAGGAGAUCCUGUGGGGGCAGCGCUUCGUGCCGACCGUCUCCGCGGAGGACGGCAUGUACGCCGUGGACUACUCCAAGUUCGGGAACACCACGAAGGUCCCCACGCCGUGCUGCAGCGCCAAAAAACUGGACGAGUCGGGCGGCAUCGCGCGGCUUAAACUGAACGAGGGCGUCACCUUGCGGGCGACGGUGAGAAGGCGGCGCGGCUCCGCGGGGGUCCGCAGGUCAAAGAAGCAGCCCGAAUGACGUCACGGUCCACGUCAGCCAAUGACAUUUUGUAUAGUUGAGGAACGCGUGUUGUGGAGUAUCACAUGUGUGCAUGUUUCCAUUUAGGGUCACAGAAUUGACCCAGAAGGAAAAGGAAGUGCAGUUUGGUUGCAUCUGAUCAUUUUAUUUCAAUAAUUAUGAGUGUAUGCAUGUUUUAUUAUUCAUGUGAAGGGGGGUGGGGGUGUUGUUUAGACCAUAUGAUUUAAAAGACCUAAGAUUUAGAAUGCACUUCCAUAAAGCAUUAAAAUACAUACAUUUCAUUGUAUGUCAACUAACACUGAAAACAUUUUAUAAUGUAAUGUUAGAAAUUGACUUAUACAGUCCUCAUAUAGUAUAUUAAUACAAAGUGAAAACAAGCUAAACCCAAAUGUCAUAUUAUAGUACUUCAUGAAAAUAAAAAUAGAUCAUGUAGCUGAUAGAAAUGUCAAAGAUUGAAUGAAAACGUAAUACAGUAUAUUAUACUAUACAUUUUAUAUGAAAAUGACGUGGCCUCAUUUUUUCUUUAUAUAUGUACUCUUACAAUGAGAAUUUCUUUAGUGGCAUACUGCAUAAUAAUGUAUUUUAUGCCAUUAUUUCGGUUCUACUAAUUACUUUAAUGACAUUUGUAUGGCAUAUUAUGCGUUGAUAUCUUAAUGGCCUUAUCAUCAGAAGUGUUCUUCAGCUCCCCCCUCUCCUCUCCUUGAUGUCAAGAGUAAUUUAAAUCACCGAGAUGCAAUUUAAGCCAACAGGAAGUGUCCUUGUACAGCGUCAGUUCUGCGUGACUAAUAUAUGAAGAUAUACAGGUUGGGAUUGUCGUUGCAUCAUGUUUUUCUUCAUAUUAGUCUUGUGCUUCCUAUAACCUGUAGCAAAUGAAAGACUAACAUAAGAACUGAAAUGAAUUUUAAAAAUCUGUAUAAAAUCACAAGUGAUAAAAGUUUGUUAAGUUGAGUGUUCUGUUAAAAACGUGACAGUUUGGUUUUAUUCUUCCUCAGGUAACGAAUCGAAAAAAACUAAAGCCCUCUAUAGUGAA